AGAGACAGAGCGUGACGGAGGGAAGAUGAGGGGAAAGAUUUUCAUGUAUUUCAAUGUUAAGGGUCUUUGGUCUGCCGCCGACACCGUGAAAGAAUGAGAAUCUGGAAUAAGAGCAGGAGAUCAAUACCCACCCAACUGCUUCCCCUCCCCUAGAAGAAGAAUUCCGGAGGCUGCAGAAGCCUCCCCACUUUGUUUCUCCGCAAGGAAGCUUCCUUCCUCUCUUCCCUCCUCGACUCUGCUUCAGGUCUGUUCGACUGAGCUAAGAUCACAAGUUGGGCAGAUCAUGAAGCCUUGAGUGUAGAGAGAGAAAGAGAGAAUGGAGGAUUUGGAGAGAGGUGAGGAUGCAGGGAAGAAGUGCAGGAUCUGCCACCUGAGCCUUCUGGAAGUAGGAGGGGGAGCGGGUGAUGGACAUGGUGGUGCAAAAUAUCAGGAGGAGGAAGGGGGGACGGCCAUGGAGUUGGGAUGCAAAUGCAAGAACGACCUCGCCUUCGUUCACCAACACUGCGCAGAAGCGUGGUUCAAGAUCAAGGGGAACAAUGUGUGUGAGAUAUGUGGAUCCACAGCUAGAAAUAUGGUCACGAUCAGUGAAGAGACGGAGGUUAUUGCCAACGCAAGUGUUGCCACCGACGGCACAUCAGCUCCUGGUCCAGACCCAGUUCCGGCGCCACCAGAUGAUGCAAGACCAUUUUGGGCAGGGCAUAAGGUUCUCAACUUCUUGCUUGCUUGUAUGGUCUUUGCUUUCAUAGUUUCUUGGGUAUUCCAUUUCAGUCUUCCGAAUUAAUUUAUUUACCGGCUUUGGUUUUCAACUUGUAAUUAUCUUGGUCUUUCUAUUCAGUUCCAAUCUUGAAAGAUUGAUGAGUUGUGGCA